UCCAACUCGGUGCUCUCCUCCUUCAACCCGCUCGCGACCCACCCGUUCACGAACAACUCGGGCCUCAUGCCCAAGCCCGCCGCGCCAUCCCAGUUCCCCCAUCCCCUGCCCUCGUCCUCCAAGGCAAUGCCCGGCAACCACGCCUCCGCGCAAGGGCCCAUCCUCGUCACCACCCCCGCGCCCCUCCACGCGCCACAGCCGAAGCGCGCCUCCCCACCCAAGCCGAGCUCGCACUCGCACUCGUCCGGUCCCAAGCCCAUCUUCGUCCCCUUCCGCCCGGAGCGCUCCUCGCCCGAGCUCGAGGACAUCCUCCUCAAGAAGAAGUUCUCGGACGCCUUCCAGGGCAAGGCGCAGUGGGGCAUCGACCAG